GCAACGGUGGGAGAGGGGAAAAUUGGUUUCCUGCAUGGGACUAGCCCUGAGAUGCAGCCGACGUAGAUCGCCGCAGCAUGGCAUGAAUAUGGGAUUCUCUGCGCGGCUGUGUGAACGCUAGGACGGGGUGAUUAAGGCAGCGGUAGCAUGGCACUGCAUGGUGGUGAAAGGGUGAGACCGAACAAUGUAGACGAUGAGAGGCGCGACUUGCGUUAUGCAGGGGCUGGGGAUAAUGUCUCGCCCUUCCUGAGUAGUACGAGAGCGGCCCUGGGCUGCCCGAUGAGAUGACGAUGGAUGCUGGGCUUCUUGAGGCCCAAAGCUUAUAACGUUGGAGAGGAUGUGCGUCAUGGUUUCCAAAAAAGGGGGACGAUGAAGAUAGAUCAUGCAAUGCCACGACGAUGCGCGAGGGGGGAAAGCGGAAAGUCACCACCGAUCAUGACGAGUCUGGCUAGCCCAGACACAGGCACAGGCACACAGGCACACAUUCUCUCUCUCUCUCUCCUCCCCCGCCCUUUUUGUCUGUCCUUCUUACAUAUUAGGUCGUAUAAUACGAGCUUCCGAGCAGCGUCCGGGAGCGUAGGAGAAGCUCCUCGCCGACUAUCGUUGUCAAUCCCUUGGCCUCAAUCAUGGCCGAGGAGAGGGAGCACGGGUUCCGGCCGGAAAUCCGAGACAUGCAGAGAGCGCGACGCGCUUUGGGGCUCACGUUCCGUCACGAAUCGCGUUGCGUGGCUUGUCAUUGACCACUGGAAAGAGAUUGAGGGAAGGGUGCGGCAGGACGAGUGGCAGGCAAAGCCAGAGACGCCCAAAAAUUUACUUAUGCGUAUUCCCCGUAUGAACGGGAUGGCUGGUGAGACGAGGGGCUAAUGGGCAGCGUUGUUUUGCAAGUCUCGGGCUACGGCGGCGGCGGUUUUGCUACCAUGGCGGGAAGGCUUGCCAGAACCGCACCACUCAGGUCGUGCGCGGGCGCGGGUGGUGGAGGAAUUGACUACAGGCGGCUGACACUUAUGUGCGCCAGCCAGGUUCGGGCCAUGGAGGAUGGAACGGCUAGAUAUAUGGUUAGUAGAGGAGCUCUUGGUGGUGCCGGACGCUUGAUGGCUAUGGCGU